AUGAAUGCAGGUCGCUCGUUACAGCGACUCUGUCGUUUCGUUCAUCAGCCUCCCCUCGCGCGGAGCUUCUCUAGCUCCAUCCCCACGCUGUCGACAGCGCGUCCUCCGCGGGGCUGGACACCAACACCCUUCAUAACAGAGACAGUGGGAGGUGGCUGGCACACCUACGACAUCUUCUCCAGACUCCUCAAGGAACGAAUCAUCUGCCUAAAUGGCGAAGUUGACGAAACCAUGUCCGCCUCCAUCGUUGCGCAACUCCUCUUCCUCGAAGCCGAUAACCCCCAGAAACCCAUCCACUUAUACAUCAACUCCCCCGGAGGAUCCGUCACAGCCGGCCUCGCAAUCUACGACACAAUGACCUACAUCGCCUCCCCUGUAAGCACCAUCUGCGUCGGCCAAGCAGCCUCCAUGGGCUCCCUACUGCUCUGCGGCGGCCACCCAGGCCAACGCUACUGUCUCCCGCAUUCAUCGAUCAUGAUCCACCAGCCGUCUGGCGGGUACUUCGGGCAGGCCACGGACAUCGCGAUUCAUGCGAAGGAGAUCCUGCGGGUCCGGCACCAGCUUAACCAGAUAUAUCAGCGGCAUUUGACAGGGAAGAAGCAGCUGUCGCUCGAUGAGAUCGAGAAGCUCAUGGAGCGGGAUUACUUCAUGGGUGCGAAGGAGGCGCUGGAGCUGGGUAUUGUGGAUGAGAUUCUUGAUCGACGAGUCCAGAAUCCUUCUGCUGGCGGAGGUGAAGGCGAGGCGAAGUCGGAGUAG